CCAGCGAGAACAACCAUGAGCUCGCUAGCAGCUGUUCAGAAGCCUGAGGAUGAAAUAUGCCCGGUGUGUCGGCUAGACACCUACAUGAACCCGUCGAUGCGGUUCCUGAUCAACACCGAAUGCUACCACCGAAUGUGCGAGUCGUGCGUCGACCGUAUAUUUUCGCAGGGCCCGGCGAAAUGUCCGAUUUACGGCUGCAACAUGACGCUGCGGAAGAACAAGUUUAAAAGGCAGACGUUUGCGGAUCUGCAGGUCGAGCGAGAGGUUGACGUGCGCCGGCGCGUGAAUCAGGUCUUCAACAGGCGGCGGGAGGAGUUUGAUUCCUUGGACGAGUAUAAUAAUUACCUCGAGCAGGUUGAGGCCGCGAUCUUUAAUCUGGUGAACCAUGUGCAGGAAGAAGAGACGGAGCAGAAAUUGAACGAAUACAAGGCUGCCAAUCAGUCAGCAAUCAAAGCGAACGCCACGCUUCUAAGCCAGGAAGAAGAAAAGGCAGAGAUCAUGCGUCAGCUGGAGGCAGAACGCAGACUAAAUCAGAGACUUUCUGCGAUUGAAGAGAGUGUCGCAGAGCAGGAGUUAAAGAAAGAAGCCGACCGGAAGAUCAUUCAGGACCUGGCCACCGCCAAAGACGGCGAGGCCGACAAUAUCGUCAAGCGCGCAGCAGCAUAUGUUCAGCGCGGUCUAGAUUUGAAGAAAUCUUCGGCACGAAGAGGACCUCGUGAGACUACUUCCGCCGUCUCGUUCGGAGACUCUGCACUCUCGCUCCUCAAUCAACGGACGCGGACAAAUAUAGCGGAUACUGCGGACGGCGCGCCGUUUGAUCCUACGACUGAGGAGUAUGUCAACGAGUUCUACAAGGUGCAGUCCCAGUACUACGACCCGUUUCUGGACAAUGUGGCAUCAAAUAAGCAAGCACAGGCUGCAGGGUUUCAAGUCGGAGUAGUGUACGAGCAGGUUUUGUUUGACGCUUUUAUGGGUCUGGGAGUUUUUAUCGAGGAGGAGAAGAAGCAGGUGUAGAAGACAC